AUGGGUGAAAAUAAUAAUUUUGAAGAACAGAACAAACUCCCUGAGCUUAAGCUAGAUGCUAAGCAGGCUCAAGGGUUCCUCUCAUUUUUCAAAACCCUACCCCAUGACCCUAGGGCGGUUCGAGUCUUUGAUAGAAGGGACUAUUAUACAGCUCAUGGUGAAAAUGCGGUCUUCAUUGCAAAGAUAUACUACCACACAACCACUGCGCUGCGCCAGUUGGGUAGUGGAUCUAAUGGUCUUUCUAGUGUGAGCAUUAGUAAAAAUAUGUUUGAAACAAUUGCCCGGGAUCUUCUUUUGGAGAGAACAGAUCAUACUCUUGAGCUCUAUGAAGGGAGCGGAUCCAAUUGGAGACUAGCGAAAAGUGGGACACCUGGAAAUCUUGGCAGUUUUGAAGAUGUUUUGUUUGCAAACUAUGAGAUGCAGGAUUCUCCUGUGGUUGUUGCACUCUUUCCAAACUUCCGUGAAAAUGGGUGCACAGUUGGGUUGAGUUAUGUUGAUUUAACAAAAAGAGUUCUUGGGCUGGCUGAAUUUCUAGAUGAUAGCCACUUUACAAAUGUGGAGUCAGCUUUGGUUGCCCUCAGUUGCAAGGAAUGCCUGUUGCCCAUGGAGAGUGGCAAAUCCAGUGACUGUAAAACUCUACAUGAUGUUUUUACCAGAUGUGGUGUGAUGUUAACUGAGAGAAAGAAAAAUGAGUUCAAAACAAGGGAUUUGGUGCAGGAUCUUGGUAGGCUAGUCAAAGGUCCCAUCGAACCUGUUAGAGAUCUAGUUUCUGGUUUCCAAUUUGCACCUGGUGCUUUAGGAGCAUUAAUGUCUUAUGCAGAAUUACUUGCAGAUGAGAGCAAUUAUGGUAAUUAUAGCAUUACAAAGUACAAUCUUAACAGCUACAUGAGGCUCGAUUCUGCUGCCAUGAGGGCACUGAAUGUCCUUGAAAGCAAAACUGAUGCAAACAAAAAUUUUAGUUUAUUUGGUCUCAUGAAUAGAACUUGUACAGCUGGAAUGGGAAAAAGAUUGCUUCAUAUGUGGUUAAAACAGCCUUUAAUAGAUGUAGAUGCAAUCAACUCCAGACUGGAUUUGGUGCAGGCAUUUGUGGAGGAUACGGCACUUCGCCAAGAUCUGAGACAGCAUCUAAAGAGAAUCUCAGAUAUUGAGCGACUGAUGCACAUUGUUGAGAAGAGAAGAGCUGGCUUGCAGCAUAUUGUGAAACUUUAUCAGUCAAUUAUAAGACUGCCAUACAUUAAAAGCGCUCUGCAACGAUAUGACGGUCAAUUUUCGUUACUUAUCAAGGAAAAGUAUUUGGAAUUCCUUGUAUUGUGGACAGAUGGUGAUCACUUGAAUAAGUUCAUUGCUCUUGUGGAAAAUGCUGUUGACCUUGAUCAGCUUGACAAUGGGGAAUACAUGAUUUCACCAAGUUAUGAUGAUGCCUUAGGUGCACUAAAAGGAGAGCAGGAGUCAUUGGAGCGCCAGAUACACAAUUUGCACAGACAAACAGCUUCUGAUCUUGACCUUCCUCUAGAUAAGGGAUUGAAGUUAGAUAAGGGAACACAAUAUGGUCAUGUCUUCCGAAUUACAAAGAAGGAAGAGCCAAAAAUUAGAAAAAAGCUGACCACCCAGUUUAUUGUCCUUGAAACUCGAAAGGAUGGGGUGAAAUUCACAAACACGAAACUUAAAAAAUUAGGAGACCAGUAUCAAACAAUAUUUGAGGAAUAUAAGAGUUGUCAGAAGGAGCUUGUCGAUCGAGUGGUUCGAAUUGCGGCAACUUUCUCUGAGGUGUUUGAGAACUUAUCUGGCUUGCUUUCUGAAUUGGAUGUCUUACUUAGUUUUGCUGAUUUGGCUUCUAGUUGUCCUACUCCGUACACAAGACCCGACAUCACUCCAUCUGAGGUGGGAGGUAUUAUAUUAGAAGGGAGUAGACAUCCGUGUGUGGAAGCUCAAGACUGGGUGAAUUUUAUACCAAAUGAUUGUAAACUUGUGAGGAGAAAGAGUUGGUUCCAGAUGAUCACAGGGCCUAAUAUGGGUGGAAAAUCCACAUUCAUUCGGCAAAUAGGUGUAAAUAUUCUCAUGGCCCAAGUUGGUUCUUUCGUUCCCUGUAACAAGGCUAGCAUCUCUGUUCGUGAUUGCAUUUUUGCACGUGUGGGUGCUGGUGAUUGUCAAUUGCGUGGAGUUUCUACUUUUAUGCAAGAAAUGCUUGAAACUGCUUCAAUCCUAAAAGGAGCUACAGAUAGGUCAUUGAUAAUCAUUGAUGAGUUGGGCCGUGGGACAUCAACUUAUGAUGGAUUUGGCUUAGCAUGGGCCAUAUGUGAACACUUGGUCCAAGUGAUCAAAGCACCUACUUUAUUUGCAACCCACUUUCACGAGUUGACUGCAUUGGCUGAUGAAAAAGAUGACCAGGAUCCCCAUAUGAAGCAAAUUGUUGGUGUUGCAAACUAUCAUGUCAGUGCACACAUCGACCCAUCAAAUCGCAAGCUGACCAUGCUAUACAAGGUGGAGCCAGGGGCUUGUGAUCAAAGUUUUGGUAUUCAUGUUGCAGAGUUUGCAAACUUUCCUGAAAGUGUUGUUGCCCUUGCCCGAGAAAAGGCAGCUGAAUUGGAAGAUUUCUCUCCUACUGCAAUCAUUUCAGAUGAUGCUAGAAAAGAGUGUUAUGUAGUGCCAAUGUCAUGUGAUGCCUUGACGCUUCAAUUAGUGUCAACAUUUGAAGGGUUGUACCACUCUGGUUUGACUUCUCCUUUUAACAAAGCAAGCAUCAGAGUUUACAUUCUAGAGUGUGUUGAGACUUUAGUCACAAAAUUUCCCUAUGAUUUGAACUUGGUUGGAUCCAAACGAAAGAGGGAGUGUGAUACAGAUGAUAUCUCAAAAGGCACAGCUCGGGCUCACCAGUUUCUGAAAGACUUCUCUGAUUUGCCAUUAGAAACUAUGGACUUGAAGCAGGCUCUGCAACAGAUAAGCAAUCUGAAAGAUGGCUUGGAGAAAGAUGCAAGGUCAGUUGUGUAA